AUGAGCAUGCUGCAUGGUGACACACAGCCCCAGCUGAUUGAAGGUGACAAUGCCUGCUCAGGACGUCUGGUGAUAAGCCUUGGACACACUUGGGCUACUGUCAGUGAUUCCCACCUUGAUCCUAAAGCUGCCAGUGUGAUUUGUAAUGAGCUACAAUGUGGAGCAGUUGUAUCCAUCACAGGAGGAGCUCACUUUGGAGAAGGACAAGGGCCAAUCUGGACUGAAAAGUUUCAGUGUGUGGGAAAUGAGUCUCAUCUUGCGUACUGCCCCCGAGCACCACCCAUGAAUCAGACAGGCUCACAUGCAAAUGAUAUUGGCCUCGUAUGUUCACGGUUCACAGGGUUCAGGCUGGUGAACGGCAGCACACAGUGCUCGGGGAGAGUGGAGGUCCAGGUGUUCGGUGCCUGGGGCACCAUGUGUGACUCGCGCUGGGAUUUAUCAGAUGCCCACGUUCUCUGUCGUCAGCUAGAUUGUGGAUUUGCAGUGUCAGCUCCAGGAAGAGGGCAUUUUGGGAGAGGAACGGGGCCCGUCUGGAGAGACACAUUCCACUGUAAUGGGACUGAACCCCAUUUAUGGCACUGCCCGGUUACUGCCCUGGGAGUCUCUCAGUGUUUCCAUGACCGUGAUGUCAGUGUGAUUUGCUCAGGAAGCAGGAAGAUCAGACUGGUGAAUGGGGCAGGUCGCUGUGCUGGGAGAGUGGAGAUUUAUUACCAGGGCACCUGGGGGACUGUCUGUGAUGAUUCCUGGGACUUGUCUGAUGCCAGUGUAGUUUGCCAACAACUGAGAUGUGGACAUGCCAUUGAGGCAUCUGCCUCUGCUCACUAUGGGGAAGGCUCAGGGCAGAUCUGGCUGGAUGAUGUGAAAUGUGCUGGGAAUGAGUUGGAGCUCUGGGCAUGUCCUUCCAGGAGCUGGGGCCAGCACAACUGCCGACACAAAGAGGAUGCAGGAGUGCUCUGUUCAGAGUUCAUGGAUCUGAGGCUGGUGAAUGGUGGUGACUGUGCUGGACGGUUGGAGGUUUUCUACAAUGGAACAUGGGGGAGUGUUUGCUCCAAUCGAAUGGCUGAUAUCACCAUUGAAAUUAUAUGCAAGCAGCUCAGCUGUGGAGUUGGAGGGGCACUUGAAAGAGAAUUUGCCUAUGGAGAAGGUUCUGGUCCCACAUGGCUGGACCACAUUGAGUGCCGUGAGCAUCAUGGUUCCCUUUGGCAGUGCCCAUCAGAGCCGUGGGAUCUUCAGUCGUGCGAUGACCGGGUAGAAGAGACCCACAUUGCUUGCAACAAGGAAAAGCUCCGCGUUGUGCAAGGAAAGGACAGCUGUUCAGGGAGAGUGGAGGUUUGGCACCGCGGAUCCUGGGGAACAGUGUGUGAUGACUCCUGGGACAUGGCAGAUGCAGACGUUGUGUGUAAACAACUAGGCUGUGGACCUGCUGUAUCUGCCCUGGGUGGAGCAGCAUUCGGGGAAGGGACUGGCCCCAUCUGGCUGGAGAAGUUGGACUGUCGAGGGACAGAGUCAUCUCUGUGGCACUGUCCUGCGAAGCACUGGGAGGACAGUAACUGCCACCAUAAAGAAGAUGCUGCUGUGAAUUGCUCUGAUGACACAGGAAUGACUACAUCCCCGAAGGGAACAGAUCCACCUGCCACAGACAGUUGGGGAGACAUGGUGCCCAUUGUCAUCUGCAUUAUUCUGGGCGUCCUUCUCUGCUUGGUCCUAAUCAUUCUGGCUGGGCUGUUGCGAAAUGCCAGAGCACAGCAGAAAGGGUCCAGAAACGUCAUGCAGCCCUUCUCUGAGGUUGUGUAUGAAGAGAUUGACUACAGCCCAGUGAAGGAGAAGCAGGAAUUAUUUGUUCAUUCAGGUCUGUCCUCAUCACUAUUAAUUCCCAUCUGUAUUUCAGAGGCCUCUGUACUGCCCAGAGAUGCCACCAGUGAUGGUUAUGAUGAUGCUGAUGAAAUUUCUGAUGCAGAACACAGUUCUGCUUUUCACCAGAAUGAUGAGGAAGUCAAUGAAGUCCCAGAGGAAAGUGAUGGGACAAGGGAUUCGCAGACAGGUUGGAGUCUGCACUCCCGAAGAAGUGGAGCUGACAGAAAAGACCCAUCCCUGCCUCCUGGGGACAUAGAAUAUGAUGAUGUUGAAGACGGUUUUGCUGGAAUGUUGAUAUAA